UUUUUUUCUUCAUUUGGGACUCACGGGAUACCAUAGUGACGUAAUCGUGUGGAAAUUGUCAGAGUGGCAAAAUGGCGACGGAACCAAAUAAGACCGAAAUUCUCACCAUCUUCAAACGAUUAAGAUCGAUUCCGACAAACAAGGUUUGCUUUGACUGUGCUGCCAAGAACCCGAGCUGGGCCAGUAUUUCUUACGGCGUGUUCCUGUGCAUUGACUGCUCCGGCAUCCACCGCUCCCUGGGAGUUCACCUCAGCUUCAUCAGAUCCACCGAGUUAGACUCCAACUGGAACUGGUUCCAGCUCAGAUGUAUGCAAGUAGGAGGCAACGCUAACGCGACGGCGUUCUUCCGCCAGCAUGGCUGCUCCACGAACGACACCAACGCCAAGUACAACAGCCGUGCAGCCCAGAUGUACCGCGAGAAGAUUCGGCAGCAGGCAAACGCUGCGCUGUCCAAAUACGGCACAGACCUGUGGAUCGAAUCUUCUGCAGGAGGCAGCGCUGCAACUCCUGAGAAGAAAGAGGCCGACUUCUUCGCAGAACACACACAGCCCGCCUAUGACUGGAACAUGGCGCCACCAUCUGAGCCGGAGCAGAACGGAGCCACCGUGACUCUACAGAUGACGGAGACGACGGCUAAGAACCAGGACGAAAACCAGCCAGAGGACGGUCCCAGCAUCGAUGGUCUGAGCACGUCGCCCAAAGCCUCCAUCGAGGACUCCAUGCGUCUGUCGUCACAGGACGGGUGGACGCCCACAGAUGUGAAGCCGUCCAUCAUCGGGAAGAAGAAGCCCAUGGCCGCCAAGAAAGGGCUCGGCGCUAAGAAAGGCCUCGGAGCUCAGAAGGUGAGCAGCAAGAGCUUCUCUGAGGUGGAGAAACAGGCUCAGGUGGCUGAGAAGAUGAGGGAGGAGCAGGUCGCUGAGGCUAAGAAACAAGCUGAGGAGUCCAUCGUGGCCUCCAUGCGUCUGGCCUACAAGGAGCUGGAGAUCGACAGGAAGAUGGAGGAGAAGAAGCUCCAGAACAUGGAGGGGAAGAAGAGGGAGCAGGCUGAGAGGCUGGGGAUGGGCUUCGGGAACAGGAGCGCUGUGUCUCACUCAGUGAUGUCAGAGAUGCAGGUGAUCGAACAGGAAACACCUGUCGGAGCAAAGUCCUCCUCUCGCUCCAAACUGGACCUGUUUGAUGAGCCCGGCUUCACCUCCGGACCCCCCAAGUACAAGGACAACCCGUUCUCAGUGGGGGACAGCUUUGGGUCUCGGUGGGACACUGAUGGAGGGACGUCCUCCUUCGCCACGUCCUGGGCCCUGGAUAAGGAGGACCCCAAGGAGGAGGUCACCAUCUCUAGUAUCCAGCCCAUCGGAGAGAGACUCCCCAGCCGGAGGAAAGCCGAGGCGUCGGUGCCGGUGUCUGAGUCGAGCGAAGCCCGGCAGAAGUUCGCCAACGCUAAGGCCAUUUCCUCAGACAUGUUCUUUGGUCGCGAGAGCAGCGCUGAGUACGAGGCCAAGACGAGACUGGAGAGCAUGUCCGGGAACUCCUCCAUCAGCUCCGCCGACCUGUUUGGAGACGGCAGCGACCAGAAAGGGAGGGCGUCGGGCUUUGACGGGGUUCUCCCCUCCGGCCCGGACAUCGCACAGUUCAAACAGGGCGUGAAGACGGUGGCUGGGAAAAUGGCCGUCCUCGCCAACGGAGUCAUGAACACGAUCCAGGACCGUUACGGCUCGUACUGACGUCCCACGGCAGCGACGCCGCCUCACGCCGACCCGACGCCUGGGGACCGAGGACACGACGAGAGACAGAAGACGGUUGCAUGGAGACAAGAAACUCUCCCUCGUCCUCCACUUCAGAGACACUUUUCCAGGAGUGACACAGUAUUUUCUUCUCUCAUCCUCAUUAGUAGACUUUUAUUUUCGUAAAUGAAACCAUCAGAUUCUGGCGGGACGGACGGACGGACGGUGGUUUGGUCUUUUUUUUUUCUAAAACGAGUUUUCUUUGUAAUUUUUUUUUUUCUGUGCAAAAGAUUUUUGGUCUUAGAUUUUCACAAUGAUGUCGAGAGUUAAUUCUUCUAUAUUUUAUUCCUUAUUCUCAGAUCAGAGUGUUGAUUUGUUUGAUUCAUAUUAUCUGAUACGUUUGUUUUACUGUGAUAUUAAAAAAAAAAGAAGAAAAAAGUUAUUUUUAGUGUUAAUUUGAACGAGAUUCCAGUAAAGUUUAACUCACUGCUGCUUCAUCACAGGUUUUAUUUUAGAGGUUAUUAUUUUUCUGUUUAAAUAAUCAGUUCAAACUAAAACCAGAAGGUGGCGCUGCGUCCAGCAGGCGUUUUAGAGUUUACGUCCCGCUCUGACUAUGCAUCUCACACCAGAACCUCUUUCAUUCUGAGUCGGUUCCACAAACUCAAUCAUUUCUCUGAACGUCAUCUCUGUGCUGAACACGAAUGAAUCUUAAUUUUCCGGUUUGUUCUCGUCCUAGAAAGCGGUUUGUCAUUUGUCGUAUGUUUGUCAGUAACACCCCCCUCCCUCCUCCUCCCGCCUCCAAACAAACGAGUAAGAAACGUGUGGACUGAAAAGGAUGAAAUGUUCAAAAUUAUUUAUUUGUAGGCUACAAAAAAAAAAGAAGAAACUUAUUCAGUAUGUUAAUAAAGAUGAAGAAACGUC